UCUUCUAUAUGUACAGGCAGGAUGAUGUAAAAAAGAAAAGCUUCAGGGUUGAAUAAGCUCAAACACAAACCCACUAGUGGUGGAAAAUCGUAACAACGGAACUGAAGAAACCAGUAAGCACAUGAGCGAAAUGAGAUGGAAACCAGGUGAAUGUAAUUGACUGACUGGCCACAGCUGUCAGAGGAACGGAAAACUUUGGGGAAAUGUACUUACUUUAAGAAUAGAUAAACAAGAUUAACAGUACAGGGCUAAAACCAGCAUGAAAGACUUCACAAAAACAAAGCAUGACACUGCGUGGCUCUCUGCUUCAUUGUCCUCCUUAUCUCAGCAGCUGGGAGGAGUGAAAUGGAUCUUCUGAGAAAUCCUCAGUAUUGAUUCAACUCUUGGUUCGGCAGGUCGGUCCCGUGGAAAACAACCUGACUUCUGAUCAAUUCCCCUUUUGCUGAUUUAGCCACAGAACUUCCUGGUUUUGUUUGAACAUUUUGUUGGCCAGAAUCACGUGAUGUCUCGAAAGCGAUACCAGUUUUAUUUCGAUUUAAAGUAACUUCUUUUCAUUGGUGUUUUGCGUUGAGUAUCAUUCUAUACGGGAGGACAUGAAAGGCGACCAGGACACCAAGGAGACUAGUCCGGAUUUGGGUAAAGAUGUUCGGAUCCAGGCUGACAUCCCAAACGGGGAGUGCGGCUCGGCGCUCCCGACGCACCUCUACAAGAGGCGCUGGGUGAUUGUGCUCCUGUUCAGCGCUUAUUCCCUGAGCAACGCUUACCAGUGGAUCCAGUACGGAAUCAUCAGCAACAUCAUCAUGAAGUUCUACAACGUGGACGGCUUCGCUGCAGACUGGCUGUCCAUGAUCUACAUGCUCGCGUACAUCCCCUUCAUAUUCCCGGUUACCUGGCUGCUGGAGAAGUAUGGACUGCGGUGCACUGCGCUGGUGGCCAACGCGCUCAACUGCGCAGGGACGUGGAUAAAGGUGGCCAGCGCACGACCUGACCUGUUCUGGGUGACCCUGCUCGGACAGUCUGCCAGCGCCCUGGCUCAGGUCUUUAUCCUCGGGAUCCCCUCCAACCUGGCCUCAGUCUGGUUCGGGGCAAAUGAGGUUUCCACCGCCUGCUCCAUUGGAGUUUUUGGGAAUCAGCUGGGUAUUGCCAUUGGGUUUCUGGUCCCACCCAUGCUUGUUCCUAAUGUAAAGGAUGUAGACGAGUUGGCGUAUCACAUCAGAUUCAUGUUCUACAUCAGUGCUGGUGUGGCCACCUUCAUCUUUGUACUUGUGGUCAUCGUGUUUCAGGAGAGACCAGAGAUCCCACCAACCCGGUCCCAGGCUCAAGCCAGGAUUUCCCGCUCCAGUGAUUACUCUUACAUGGCCUCCAUCUGGAGGCUGCUGUGCAACAAAGCCUUCAUGUUACUUGUAAUCAGCUAUGGGUUGAAUGUUGGCAGUUUCUACGCCAUUUCCACACUUUUAAACCGAAUGAUAAUUGAUCGCUACCCUGGUGAAGAGUUGAACGCUGGGAGGAUCGGUUUAACCAUUGUCAUUGCUGGAAUGGCAGGAUCUCUCAUCUGUGGCCUUUGGCUUGACAAGACCAAGACCUACAAACAAACAACCCUGGUGGUGUAUAUCCUCUCUCUGGUUGGGAUGCUGGUUUACACCUUCACCCUGAACCUGGGGCACCUCUGGGUGGUGUUCAUCACCGCUGGAGUUCUAGGCUUCUUCAUGACCGGAUAUCUCCCUCUUGGAUUUGAGUUUGCUGUGGAGCUCACUUUCCCAGAAUCGGAGGGAACCUCAUCGGGUCUGCUCAACUUUUCAGCUCAGAUUUUUGGAAUCGUUUUCACCAUUGGACAAGGAAAGAUUAUUGAUAAAUGGGGAACAUUACCUGGAAAUGUAUUUCUGUGUAUUUUUUUGCUAAUAGGAACAGUAAUAACAGGAUUCAUCAAAUCUGAUCUCCGGCGGCAGAAGACCAAUAAACAGGCUGAGGUGCAGCAACUGAGUCCUACAGAGACCAAGACAUCAGUGCGAGACUACGGGGCCACAGCAGGCAACAGGAGUCAUGACAUUACCUCACAACUUCACAAAAAUCUAUAUGGAUGUGACAACAAGAAGAUGGCCACUGAUAUUCAAGAAGGUAUCCUGAAAGAGAGGAAGUUCUAAGGUGAAAUGAUGUCUCCUCAGCAAACCACAAAGAGAAGAAACAAAGUCUUAAGGGACAUGUCGGCAUGUGUAAACAUGCCAAAAUAACUACAAUGCAACAUGCUGCUAUGACUAGUGAGUAUAUGGAGACUCUGUGGCCAUGAUGGACGUCCAUCUUUGAUUCUUUAGUAUUAAGAACUGCUGCUCCUUUUUUACUGUACUAAGAUGCAACAAAAAAUCAUGUUAGUAUUUAAAAUGCAAUUUCUAAAUCAACCUUUAUACAUGUUUAAAAUGCACUUUCAGAAAAUGCAACACUUGCAGUUGAGACAGCCUCUAAUUUUCUGACUCAAAUCUGUUAACAUUCCAACGGGUUUUUUUAGUAACAGAUUUUCAUGACUUUUUUAUAAUAUUAAUUUAAAGAGUAAUAUUCAGUGUUUCCUGAUACCUGUGCUGAACUUAAGUAUCUACUCUGGUGAAGGUACCUAUUGACUUCUGUGUUUUGUCAGAGUGAUCUUAAAUGCAGACCAUAACUGGGACGUCCUUUCUUUACAUUGAAUAAGGUUCAUAUAUCACCCGUUUGCCAUUAAAGGAUCACCUGGUUGGUAUUCUGCCAAGUAUAAAUACUGAUUGAUGCCGUGCAUCAAAGUACACUCACAGAGGUCAGUUUUCUCCUCAUUUUACAAGAAUAUGUCUGAAUCGGGGUUUUUUUUUUAAAUGUCUAGAAGAUGAAGAAUUUUGGCACAAAACAAAAUGGAUGAAAAAAGAAAAUAUGCCAUUUUGCACACAAAUGUCUUCACUGCAUAUUUUUUCCAGAACAGAGUACUUAUAUGUAAUAUUUUAAGGUUGUGUGAACGGAGUUGGCACUGAUUUCCGGUACAAUUUUUUUUUUUUCUAGAAAUUAAUGUCGAAUUUCAACUUGAAUGUAUGACAUCAUUUUCUACAGCAGUUGGACUGUCAUUAUGAAACUUUAAAAACCAGGCUGCAUAAAGGAGCCUGGCUGGGUGAAUAGACGGUUGAAUGAUGGAAAGAGGAAUGAAUGAAUGAAAAGAUGGGUGGAUGAAUAUUGAGUAGAGAGGAAUGGAUUGAUACUGAUCAAUGGAUGGUGGGUACAUAAAUGGACUGAUGGGUUUAUUGAUUGAUGAAUUUGUACUAAUUUCUGAAAAUAGAAUAUCAAAUAGUGUGGAAAUGACUUUUAUUUCCUUUGUCCAUGUUUGUGGAAAAUUCAUACAUUCCAUUUUUUUGUGUUGGAAUAUUAGAUGAUUUACACAUUUAAUCAGAUCAUUCUGUAGCUGAGAAAGUCAUUGUAGAACUAUGCACUGUAACACUGCCAAACAUUGGCUACAAGUUUUUAGGGCUUUUGUACGUUGCACAUUUAUAUUGGUGAUAAUAAAUAUUUCUGGGCUGCUGUAACAGUGAGGGUUUUUUCUUUAUUUGCACUCACCUCAUGGCUAUAUUUCUGAAUCAUUGAGUCUUUCAGUAAUUUAAAAUAUUUUUCAGAAUUUUAAUUUGCAAAGCAUUUUUCAUAAUGAACAUAUUGGGGAUUUAGGAAGCACUAGUAAAUAAGAUGGAUUCAAAUGACCUUGGAAAAAGCAUGACAUGGGAGAUGCAACAAAAUACUAAAGUACUAAUAUUGAAAUUCCCAUCAAAAACAGGUCACAGAGAGGUAAAACAGGUUGCAUGAGCAGUUAGUAAACUUGGGCAAAAAACAAAAAUUAAACAGACAAAUGAACCAUAAGGGGGAUUUUAAACAUGUUAGGAUAGGUUGGGAGAAGGAGAUAGAUGACACAGCACCAUCAAAAUAAAGAUAUGGUAACAAGAAAACGGUACAGGAAGUUACAUUUAAAAAAACACACUAAAAUGGGAUAAAAUUCCAACCAAUUGCUCAAAGAUUUUAUAUCUGGAGAACCAGCUCGGUUUCUUUAGGAAUCAAAUUUGAUCAAACACCGUAGAAUCCCCAGAUAAUUAACCUCAAUAUACUCUAGGUAAUUGGGUAUUUUGUGCCUAUUUGAAGAUAGAUUGAUCUGUGAAUCAUGAAGGACAUAGGGUACAUGUUUGAUUUAUUUAUUCAUCAGAAGAUGAAAUAAAACCAUAAAUGCCGGCAAAGAUGUGAAGUUUAAUUCAAAUAUCGAACAACAUGGAUGAUUUCCUAAAAAUAAUGCAAAACAAAACAAUUACACCUUCAGAAUCAAGAUGUCUGAAUUGCUCUGCAGAUGAAUAGCUUUCUCAUUGCGAGUUCAUAAAACCUCAAGUUUGUUUCUGUGGUAAAAAUCAAGAAACUGCUGGGGUGUGUGUGUGUGUGUGUGUAAGACACUUUUACAUUAUGUAGUUCUUUGGUAAAGUCUGAACUGAUAAAAAAAAAA